AUGACACUCCACCUUUUCACGCUUCCCGCAUUGCGCUCGCUGGACCGCCACCCGUAUCUCAAUUCAUUGAAAUGGCCGAUAAUACUUGUGCUAGCAUCAGCAGUAUUCUACGUUUCCAGAAUUGUCUACAGGAUAUUCUUGCACCCACUGUCCAGGUUUCCAGGCCCACGACAGGCUGCAAUAUCUAGCUCCUGGCUCAAGAAAGCCUCGAAAGGCGGCAAUGUUGAGGGAGUGAUUGCUCAGCUACACAGACAUCAUAAAAGCGCCGCCAUUCGUAUUGCUCCAAAUGAGCUACAUAUAGAUGACGUUGACUACUACAAGGUCAUCUACAACCAAACGGCUCCUUUUCCGAAGAACAAGGAUUUCUACGACGGCUUUCAAACUCCUCACACGGUCUUUGCUGAGACGGAUCCAGCCCUUCACAAGAUACGAAGAAAGAAGCUGAACCCUUUCUUUUCCAAGUCCGCAGUGAACAGCUUGCAAGGAUUGAUCGAAGAGAAGCUUGGUAAUCUCACCAAGCGCUUGAACGCAUUCGCUGAUGGUCAUACUUGCAACCUUUCGAACGCCUUCCGAUGCCUGACGGCCGAUGUGAUUUCAGAGUAUGCUUUUGGGAGCUGUUUGAAUUUGACACUGGAAAGUGAUGAUCAAUUUUAUUCCGGUUUUCUGAAAGCGUUCGAUACUCUCACCCGUGGCUUGUGGGAUUUCAUUUACUCUCCACUGUUGCGCAAGAUAUCUGCAAACACACCACGACGCCUAGCCGAGAUGUCUACCGCACUACAGCCCAUCUUCGGCCUCGUGGCCUACGCAGAAGCAUCGUUAUCUUCCUUGAAGAAAUUUUCAGGGCGCAAAACAGGAGCCAUCUUCGAGUCGUUAGAAGGUAUCUCUCACCAAGAAGCUGUAGCAGAGGCCAUGGACUUCUUUGCAGCGGGGACCGAUACCACAGCAUAUACGUUAUGCGUUGCUGUCACCGAAUUGACAAAGCAACCAGUCAUCGCGGACAAAUUAUCGAUCGAGCUCGGUAGUACGGUAGACGGCGAGGACCUGCCUGCUCUUACAAGACUCGAGCAACUGCCCUAUCUCACUGCAUGUGUCAAGGAAUCGCUGAGAUUUGCACUUGCUACUCCUGGCAGACUACCGCGGAUAGUCCCUCCCGGGGUGGCGCUUGUUAUCAACGGCAUUGCUGUGCCAGCAGGCACGGUGGUGGGAAUGUCUGCCACCACAAUGCACCAUAAUACUCGGCUGUGGGGAGAUGAUGCAAAGGUCUUCAGACCAGAACGGUGGUUGGCCGAUGAAAUGCUGGAUCAGAACAUGGUUGCCUUCUCGAAAGGCCAACGAAACUGUAUUGGCCAAAAUCUUGCCAUGGCCGAGAUCACUCUUGUUCUAGCCAGACUGUUCAAGGACUAUCGCUUCGAAUUCGCGGAGGGCACAGCUCUACCUCCUGGUCCGGACAAGUUUGUAGUCGAUGUCGGACAUCCAGGACUGUUGAUGUUGGUGAAACGCCGAGCUUAG